AUGGAUCAACAUUUGAAGCAAGUGGCAGAAGAUGAGCCCAAUGUGGCAUUUAUCAUCCAACGGAGCAAUAACUCCAAUACGGUCGUCUAUGCUGGCUGCAAGUCCGCGGAUGGGGAUGUUCUGGAUCGGUCGAACCCGAUUAAGGUGUAUUGGAUCAUGUUUGAGAAGGAGGGCAAGCCGCGGGAAGAGUUGAACAUGAUUGAGCGGACGACAGCGUACGGCGUGACGUCCAAGCCCAGUGAUGUACCGGGCGAGUUUAUGGUCGCAAUCGCUUCGUUGCGUGAUCGCGACUGUACCUUGCGUUUGGACGAGCACGGCAAUGUGAUGGCUCUGACUACAAUUGAUGGCAAGAAGGGUAUGUUACUGCGACGUGUGUUUGUGCAGGCGACGACGAGUUGGGGCAUUCCGACAGUGGAUUACGUCGAUAUCUUUGGCGUACAUCCAAUAACGUUUGAACCUGUCUACGAGAGGAAGAAGAACAAGUAG